GAAGAAGAAAGCAGAAGAAGAAGAAGAAGAAGAAAAAGAAGAAGCAGUAGCAGAACUAAAUGCUUGCUUGACCCUCUUGGUCUCUUCUAGGACCCUUAAGUGUAGAAAGCGGGGUUAAAACAGAUAUAGAAGUGCUUCUGGGAUUAAACGUCUCUUAAUAAACCGCUUCAGCAAAGCACUCGGAGGGCUGCUCAGUAUGCUUGCACGCUGCUGGGAUCCACUCUGCCCAAGGAUGCGGCGGCAGCUGAGGUCCGCAGAACUGUCAGUCAGCUGGAAGCACACAUGAGUCUGACAAGAAAAUUGCUGCGCCUGGGGAACUCUGUGGAGGCGCUGGAGGCUGCCAAAAGGGCCAUCCACCUCUCUGACAGUGUAUUGAGGCUCUGUCUGACCAUCAGCCACCUUAACAGAGCCAUGUACUUUGCCUGUGACAAUGUGCUGUGGGCAGGAAAAACUGGAAUCAUCUCCAAACUUGACCAGCAUAAGUGGAGCCAGAGAUCUUUCAGGUACUACCUCUUUGCUUUGAUCCUGAACCUGACCCGAGAUGCCUACGAGCUCCAUCUCCUCAUGGAGCGUGAAGCACAUUCCAGAACCACCAAAUCCCCACCUUCACCCUCCUCCAGCAUCCCUCUGCCAGCCGACCAUCUAUCCCCUCUCUCCCUACCGGCCACGCAACCCAUAAAUUUCCGUUGGCUCUACAGACAGCUCCAUCUGGUGGCGACUGUGCUGUACAGCAACCCACCACUACUGUUGGACCUGGUGAAGAACAGUUGUGAUAUCUUCAUCCCACUGGACCGGUUGGGAAUUUACCCUACAGGGCCAGGCUUUGUUGGGGCCUGUGGCCUGGCCUCCUCUGUGCUCUCCAUCCUCACCAUGGUUCACCCCUGGCUCAAACUCAAGCCAUAAACCAAGAUCCUCAGAGGCGACACAAGGACUGACAAAAAUCUAAUGAGGUUAACACAAUGGCAUUUUUGCAUCUUACUAUCACGGUCCUCGACUACAGAAGCUGUUGUCCUGCCGUCAUAUGUUGGGCGUGUGAUAGAUCAAGUUCCUUCAAAUCUCCGAGUGAAUGGUUACAAGGACUCCUGAAACCCUGAGGAGAUUCUAUAACCCUGCAUCACACACUGGUUAACAUGUUAUUACUGACCUGCAUGUAGGAACACAGUUCUAUCUUUGCCUUAGAUCAGAAAGCAGCUUUAAACCCUCCAAUUCCCUCACGUGAAGCUUGAUGCUGUUAGUGGUGAGUGUUCCGCACACCACAGCCCUGCAUUCAUAUCUCCCAGUGCCAUCAGAUUUUAGUCAUUCUAACAGCAUCAGUGGAAGACUAUCUGAAAUACUGAACCACCAGAUUGUGUCCACAAGCCCACCAGGGUCCACGUGAUGUAAAUUUUCUACACGAUGUGACAUUACAGUCCGCCCUUUGUGCGUUGGUGUUUUAGAUAUUCUCUUCCAUUUUUAAUGGUUACGUGAUUUAACUAUUGGAGUCCUUUUCAAAAAACAUUCGCAGGAACUUGAUUUGUUUGAGUCACUACAGUAAAUCUUCCAUUCUCAGUAUAACAUGCAGGAUGCUGGUUAGGCAGCUGCCUUUGAGAUAUGGUAUCGCUUUACCAUUCACUAACCCAACAACUGGUCAGACUGAAGCUUAUGCUAAAACUAUUCAGUAUUAAUGUUGCACUGAAUGAUCUGCAUUAGCUGGAUCCACUGCAUGGACUGGUGGCUAAAAUUCCCCAUUAACUAGAAGACUUGGACUUCUUACAGUGAUCUUGGCUAAUGCAGCUCUUGGUCAGUCCCACCAUGUCAGAGUUGCUUCCUGUAGUGUGCAGGAAGCUAAGAAGAAAAACAAAGGUUUCUUUUUAGCUUAAACACCUUCACAUGUUUACAUGAAAAAAUGUUUAUCCACUCUGUCACCCUGUAAACUGUAACCAGUGUUAAUGCAUAAAUAAGCCAUGUACUUACAAUUAGACUAAAUUCUUACUUUCUAAUCAGAAUAAUAGUAAAAUUAUUACCAUUUUAGCUGUAUUAAAAAUUCUGACUGGGAUAAAUGAUACAAUGUCUGUUUUAAUCAAACAAAUGCACCCAAGCCAAAUCUGAUUGUUCCCAAUGUUCACCAUGUUUCUUUAGUAAACUUGUACAGGACAGAGAACAGGGGCUCGUGAGCCUUCUGUAUGCUUUUUGUGCUCAAAUGCAAAUUUCACUUUGAUUUUAAUGAGCUGGAUUUCUGCCUGCAAUAAAGAGCGUGUGACUGGUCUGCAUGUUCUUUCUACUCUAUUCACUGUCGGCACAGAGAAGACUCAGCAAAACUAGAAAUAGGUUUAUGUCAACUGUUACAAAAAGGAAGUACAAACAAAACCAAGAUAAAAUUACAUCACCAAUAAUAAUAAUUAAACAAAA